AUUAAUGACAACUGUCCAAGAAAACAAAACACGAAAACAAACAAGAGAGAACUACAUCAGAGAUAUUUCUUGUUCACCGCUUCUUUCGUUUGAAAACAGAAGAAGAAGAAGAAGAAGAAUCUUAUUUUUAUAAUACAAAAUAUGUUUACUAUAUAAUAUAUAAUUGAUUGGAAGAUAUGCAGUCAAAUAAGUACGACAUAUUUGUAUUCUCAAAAUGUUCAACUAUCCACUCAAUAAUUAGUUCUAUUGUUGUUUUUUUUAAUAUAAUUGACAUGUGUAUGUACAUAUGUACGUAUAUAAAUAUAAGAUUGAGUAAUUCUAUAGUUUAUUCAAUUAAGUGGUUAUCAUUUUAACUUAUUUGUAAACGAUAGAAUGGUGGACGAACAAUUGAAUCAUGAUGCAUUGAAUGAACAUAAUCGAUUACGUGCAUUACAUGGAUGUCCUCCAUUGAAAUAUGAUUCAAGACUUGCUAGAGAAGCACAAGCUUGGGCUGAUAAUCUUGCACGUAUGAAAAUUAUGAAACAUAGUAUAUGUGAUGAAUAUGGUGAAAAUUUGGCAACAUCACAAUCUACUGGGAAAGCGGAAUUGACCGGGGCUCGAGCAACACAAAACUGGUACAAUGAAAUUCAUGAUCACAAUUUUGAUAAACAGUUUCAAAGUGAAACAGGUCAUUUUACGCAGGUUAUUUGGAAGAAUACAUCAAAAGCAGGAUUUGGCAUUCAAUAUUCAAAUGAUGGACAUCAUGUCUUUGUAGUAGGACGUUAUGAACCAGCUGGGAAUGUAUAUGGUGAAUUUCAAGAAAAUGUACCUCGACCUAUCCAUGGACAGUCAACUCCGAAAUCCAAAGAAUUUUCUUACCAACAUGAUGAACAAAAUGGUCCAAGAAGAACCUGUCGAGAUGAAAUAGUCAUUGUUCGAGAGACAGAUAGAAGAGACAACAAUGGUUCAAAUCAUAUUACAAUGGUAGAUAGUUCUAAACGAAACUGGUCAAAUGGAACGACGCCAAAUAGUAACAAUGAAAGUACAAUUCGAGCAGAGAAGAAGAGCCAACGAAAAUGUGCGAAGAGGUGCAGUAUUAUUUAGUUAGCAAUUGGUGAUAAUAACUAUAAUUUGUUAUAUGUUAAUAUAGACUAACUCAUAACUUUACAUGGAUUAUAGUGUCAAUGUUUCGAAAGAUUUAUUCGACAAAAAAAUUGACAAGAUAAUCUUUUACAAUGACUGCACUAAAUGAUAAAAAGGAGCAGUCAAAGUUUUGUUUCAUUAAAGUGAUUUUUUCAGGCAGUUAAAAAUGGAAUUAAAGAUUUCAAAUGUGAUUUGCAUUUCUUAACUUCAUUUUUCUCCUGUCUGCUUUUUGUAUAUUAUUCUAUACUACUUUUAAAAUAUUCAGUAGUUUAGAUUAUGUACUGUUUUUUAUGUAGUGUAAUGUAAUUCAUACUUCUUUAUCUAUUAGACAUUUAUUUUCCAUAUUGAUUAGCAAUUUUUAAACAAAUUUUAUCUUCUGUUUUAAGGGUUUCAGAUUUGAAUAAAUUAUUUAAUUGAAA